AGGGAUCCAUUUGCUGCUCACAGGCAGCAGAUGAGGAUGAUGUUCGGACCCUUCGGCAUGGAUCCCUUUGCUCUCACCCCCGCGAUACAACCCCCCCGCGCCCCUCGCAGACAGGCUGGUGCCAUGACCCCCUUCGGCAUGAUGGGAAUGGGUGGUGGUGGAGGUGGUGGAGGAGGGUUCAUGGAUAUGUUUGGCAUGAUGGGAGACAUGAUGGGAAACGUGGAAAGAAUGUCCGGCUCAUCGAACUGUCAGACGUAUUCCUCUUCGACGAUGAUCUCCUACUCCUCUUCAGAUGCGGGGCCUCCUGAAGUUUAUCAGCAGACGAGUGCGACGAGAACAGGACCAGGAGGGGUGAGGACAACUGAUGAUUAAAUACUUUUCAAUUCA